AUGGCAAGACUUCGUGGCUUCCGUAGCCUUGCUCAGGCCAUCACACUGGGUUUCCUUGUCCGUGCUACAAUAGCCCAAUCUUGCACCGGCACUGCAAGCUCUGGACUUCCUGCUACCUGCGGAGCGUCACAGAGCGGUAACAUCGGCACCUAUACGGAUGCCUGCGGCAGCAACUAUACGAUCUUCUGUUCUUCCGACUCGCAACCAGGCCCCGUCGGGACUGCCACGGCUUUGACUAUACAAGCAUGUAUGCAAGCUUGUGAUGGUUAUUCUGGAUGCGUUGCGGCUGUUUUGCAAGGCAGUACGUGCUCCUUCAAGACCCAGCUCACGACCAUAUCCACCGCUGCCAAUUCGAUCGUGCUGGUGAAAUAUGCUCCAAACCCUGCAUACCCGUCCCCAGUACCAGCAGCAAGUUAUGUCAACGCUUCGACAGGCUGCGGAUCAGCAUUGCCUGCAGGACUAUCUCCAUACGGACAGAGCGUGCGAUAUAGUAUUAUCAGCCCCGCGGACGGCCUCAACCGCACCUACCUCGUCAAGAUACCCCAGUACUACUCCGCAAAUGCUGCGUCGCCUCUCAUCCUGGCAUUUCCCGGGCAUGGCUCGAGUGCCGCUGCUAUUGAACAAUUGACGGGUCUGAGCGGCAGCUCCUACAAUUCUUACGGCAUUGUGGUAUACGUCGAUCCCUACGGACCACCUGGAGGCUUCGAGUCAGAUCCUGACUACGCUCCUGGGGGCAUCGAAAGCUCUGUUAACGACAUAAGCUUCGUAAAGAAUCUUAUUGCGAACAUGACUGCCUCGUUCUGUAUUGAUACUGGAGCUAUCAUGGCUACUGGCCAUGACAAUGGUGGCGGUCUGGUUAAUGUGCUUGCUUGCGACCCGGUCACAAGUAUUAGCAUAGCAGUCUUUGCGCCCAACUCUGCCGCUGUGUACAGUGGCAUCCUGAGCAGCACCAAUCCCAACGUCUUCACCAUGAGGCCCUUAGGAACACCCGUGCAGGGAAAUUGUACACCGGGCCGCAACAAUGUUCCUAUAAUCGAGUUCCACGGCACAAACGAUAACAGCAUCCCCUACUUGGGGUCGAUCACACAAGCCUCGUAUGCUCUACCAGCUAUUCCGCAUUGGGUCCAAGCUUGGUCGGUACGACAGGGCUACGGCAAUGCGAGUAUUUCCACCAACAUAGCAACUACUGUACAAGGGGACUCAGUCACGAUGUUCCAGUUCGGCGGCAACUCCGGCGCUUUGGGAAUUGUAACUCACUAUCAGCUAGGUAACUGGACCCAUAAUUGGCCCAAUCCUGGAAUCGACAACACAGCACCUAUCAACGCCGGUCUGCUUGCGAUGAACUACAUGUACACGUUCACCAACUACACCCGUACGCCGGUUUUCAAUCCUCCGAAUAGCACAGUAGGUGUGCUGCCGACCGCCUCACCAACGUCGAGUACUACAUCGAGUAGUAGUACUUCGAGCAGUAGUACGUCGAGCAGUAGUACGUCGAGCAGUAGUACCUCGAGUAGUAGUAUAUCGACAUCAGUUUCCACUUCUUCGGGCUCAUCUGCAACAUCCGGCACAGGCUCUAGCCUCAGCACGAGCAACGUAAUCCACUACCGUGACCACGAGUGUGACCGUCACUACAUCUCUAAGCAGUACUUUCACCAGCCAGACUGGGACACCCACAACGAUUAUUACUACGACAACUAUAGCAACUUCUUCAGCCCCUACGACCGUUACGACUAG